GAGUAGCAAAUUUGACUGAAAUUGCUUCGUAACACAACACGUAUCUCUGAAUCCAUGUCGGUUUCUUCGCCGCUUCCUCCGUCGGCGUGGUUUCUGAUUGUCAAUGGAAAGAAACAUCCAACCCCACAUCUUCGUUUUAUCCCUUUCUUCAACCGACUUCUUGGCCCUUGAAAAUUUCCUUGAGCAAGAUGGCUGAGGAGGAGUCUCACAGGGUUGUAUUGAAUUUAUACGACCUUAGCUGCGGAUUGGCUCGGCAGUUCUCCAAACCAUUGUUAGGGAAACCCAUUGAAGGCAUAUGGCACACUGGGAUUGUAGUGUAUGACAAUGAAUACUACUUUGGUGGUGGAAUCUAUCACAGUCAUUCUGGAAAUACACCCUUUGGAACACCAAUUGGUGUCAUUGAUUUGGGCAUUACACACAUCCCGAAAGAUGUGUUCGAAAGUUAUCUGAUCGAAAUCAGCCCACGUUAUACAGCUGAAACUUACAGCUUGUUGGGUCACAAUUGCAACAACUUUAGUAAUGAGGUUGCACAGUUUUUGGUCGGUUCGACCAUCCCAGAGUAUAUUCUUCAGCUUCCCAACGAAGUUAGAAGCAGUCCCAUCGGCAGACUCAUGCUGCCGAUGAUUCAGAACCUAGAAACAACAUUAAAAUCUGGUGCAGUUCCUAAAGCUCCACAGGUCAGGCAUAGUCAGCCUGCAAUGACAUCAGCUCCUAUAUCAGUCUUGGAUUCUAACAUUGAGGAAUCAGCAGGCGGUGCUGUCGGACAGUCUGGUGGUGGUGGUAGCAAGGCAACACAGUCUGCCGAGCAAAACACGACCAUAGAGUUGACACAUCUGUCAACAGAGCUUGCUGUAGGGGCAGGGCACCCGAAGUCACCUGGGAAGACAAUUGAUGAAAGUCUGCUCAGGGAUGCUCGUGCCAUGAUACGAGACAGGAUCAAGUGUGAAUUUGUAUCAAUCAUGGCGACCGGGAAGUAUCGUGCAAGUGAAGCUGCUGCCCUUGCAGCCAAGAGAGUGAUGAGCAAAUAUAAUAGCCAUACAAGUGUUGCAGCUUCACAGGACUAGAAGGUAACAUGACAUCCUUCUUCCUCCAAUGUGGUUCUAGGAUAGAUCAAGGAUAUAAGUAGUUAAAACUUUGCUUCAUGUACAGGUAGGGAAUACUAUUGAGAUAACUGUUCAUCUGCGGAGAUUAAACAUAUUAAGUUCAUCUAAUAGCAACUUUGUUUCUAAUUUUCAAAAUGAAAAAACAAAAGCGUUAUAUAACGUGUUCCAUCUCAAUUAUUCUGACUUGAUAAAAAUUCAUUUUCGAAA